AUGCCGAAGCGUCCUUCCGACACUCCCGCCCCCGGGCCGGCUCCCCUUGACAAACUCAUGAAGAAAGUCAGUGGACUCACCCUAUGCUGCUCUCGCCGAGCCAGAACCAGUCUUUCUAACCAACCCCAGACCGAGCGUAGCCAUGAAGAAAACCAGGAGAGAGCCUACAUCGCCGCCUCGCGGAGAGCUGACCGCAGCAUCGAGGCCCGAGUGCAGUCCGCGCGCAUGGCCUCCGAGAUCCACAAGAAGAGGACCGGAAAGGGAUUCAAGAUCUCGGAGGAGAUCGUCAUGAAGGAGGAGAUGUACGAGGAGGAGGAGGACGAUCUGCCCCGCCAGUACCGCGCCCUCGCAGCGCACAUGCAGACGAGCAACGGCGAGCUCAACAGCAGGCUCUCCGCCUACAUUACCAGCAACGUCGCCAUGAGGACCCUGGCCCGCGAGCAGGAAGUCCACCGGAUGUUUGCCGAGCAGUUCCCCAACGCGUCUCAGAUCUCACAGCAGCUGUCUCGAUCCAUGUACAUGCAGCCUCUGCAGCAGCAGCAGCAGCAGCAGCAGCAGCAGCAGCAGCAGCAUCGGAGCCCGAUCUCGCCGACUUUCCCAGAGAUGAACUACGCAGCUGACCAAUUCAAGAGGGAGCGGUCGCACUCGAUCGCUCCUUCGGUCGACAUGUCGCCUCGCACAUCUAUCGCCAUGGCCCCCAGCCCAAGCCCGGCUAUGCGCAACGGCUCCUUGGACGGCCCUAUGUCACCCCCCGUCCUGUCGCCCGGAUCGCAGUCCACCGAGACUACCCAGUCUACUUCGCUCCAUCGCAACGGCUCGAGUUACCAGUCGUCGACAUACUCGGCUCGGCCAUCCACAGCGGCUACGGCCGAGCCUCUCUCCAUGCCGAUGCCUUCCAUGCCCACCUCGUCCUCUUUCACGUCCGAGUUCCCUCCCGAGCUUAAGCAGCUCGCUGGUCCUGGGCUCGACUGGAACGACCCGAUGGCGAGCAGCUUCAUGGGCCUUGACGGCGGCUUCGGCGGAGACUCUAGCUUGAGCUUUGACUGGAUGAAUUAUGUCACCAUGCCUGGCGGACAGAGUACGAUGCCGGCUAUGGACGAUCCGACGCCCAAGUACUUCUUUGACCAGGACGUGGCCGCCGCCGCGCCUUCCUUUGACCUCCCGGCCUCUCAGAGCACGGUUGGCACGCCGGGUGCUGGCGGCGAUUCGUGGGAAUCAUGGCUGCACACCGACCAGUUCGCUGCCGAGGACCAGCAUUGA